AUGGCGAAUGCGUGUGUUUUUUUUUUUUUUUUUUUUUUGUUGGAUGUUGACUGUAGGUGGGGGGGCGGCAGGUAUUUUAACCCGCCGUUUUUAGGCCGGUGGCUUCUUUGCUUCUGUACUCUUACAAUGCGUUUGUCACUUCUCGCCUGCCUCUCAUGCCUGCUGUUCUGCGUUUGUUCGCCUGUUCAGGCGCUUUGUAUGGCUUACUGUGCGUCCAGAGCGGACGGCAUUGUGCGGGGAGACACGAAUGCAUUGCGACACUGGAAAUCACUUGAGCAAAGUAUGGCUCUUGCUGGCGUUUUAUUUUUGGAUGUGGAGGUGAAUUGCUUGCCGGGUUUUUCGCGGAUUGUGCGAGUGGAAACAGGAGACACGGAGUGCGUGGAUUGCAACCUCACAGGGGGAGUUGUUGGAAUGAUUCCAUAUGUAAAUCAGUCUGAGCGCUGUGUGCAGUGUGGAGGUGAUAGGACUUUUUCCGAGCUCGUGGACCCCACACACGAUGAGAUGACAAGAAAGUGCGUUUGCCCGGCGGACUAUGAACUUGUGGAGCAGGUAGGCAAACGGCUCUUGGAGUCUCAAAUGUGUGUUCCCUGUGGUCCUGAUGGCUGCUCUGGGUGUGUAUUUCCAUACUCGUUGAAAGAGACGGGAGAGUGUGUGUGUGCAAGCGGCUACACAACAUUGUAUGAUGCGUCCUGUGUUCCUACGGAGGUGUAUAAUGGGGUGGUCGUGGCGGCCGUAGGUGCCACAACGACGUUUCAACCUUUGAAUCUUAACAAUAAAGGGAUUUUGGGUCCGUCAGUAACAUCUGUGGUGGUGCGAAUUUACGCCAUGGAUUCCGCCGUGCAGUGUAUGCGUGGGAUGGCAGUGGGUUGUAGUCUCCUGUUCAAUAUGUGUGUGUUGAUGAUGUAUGAUGUGGAUUCCUUGCCUUGCAAGUUGUAUCUUUCGGUCCGCGAUAAGCGCACUUCCUACCGCCGACUGCCGCCAUUGUUUGACGGCGAUAAUACCGACACCUACACCAGUGACGAUGGCGUCCUGCUGGCAACCACAAAUAUCACGGCCGCUGGUGACCCAAUGACGUUUCUUGUGGCAGUGUAUGAUUGGCGUGGAAAUCUGAAGGGACUUCGCCAUGUAUCCGAGGUGUUGAAUCUAUGCUGUAUUUCAGAUGCCGAUAUCUCAAGUUUCUUUAAAGUCGGAUCCAAUCGCAGGCUUCGGUGUUUUUUUGAUUGGUACAAACUCUUACAGGACGCCGGUCCCACACACUUUUUUGAGCUCUUUAUGAUGGAUUUCACGAACACAUCCCGCCUUGUGCCGGUCCCUGUUGUGAUGGACUACACCACUGGCAACAUCCAUCCCCGAAGCCUACGCGAUGGGACGUUACGGCGUGCCAUGGCAACUGGUUACCGACGACGAUUCUACCUGUAUGACACUCUUACGGAUUGUAAGGUGGACGUCCCACAAGUCACAGAGAAGACACCCUGUUACGUCACAGCACUGCGUCAUGUGUUAUUUGCUUUGGAAGUGGUGGAUGUUUAUGGAGAUCAUCAUUCUUUGAAACCUGUCGUUUAUCUUCAGUAUGCAUCAGGCCUGAAGAAGGCUCAUAAUGGAGAUUUGACGGCACGCACUGCAAAUAACAUAGUAGAGGGUGGUGUAUCUGUGCUUUUUAUAGCUUCCAGUUCAGUGAAUAAAGGGAUGAUGAUUACCAUGAUUAUUUUUUGUAUUUUGUGUAUUUGUUCUGCCUGGAUACGCACGUAUGGAUGGAUGCGACGUCGACAGAACGUGAUGCUUAGCAUUGGGGCCGUCAUUAGGUUUAUGGUGUACUUUUGCAACCAUAUUGGGAAUUUGUUUGCUCUCGUUGUGUCAUUGGCAUCAUGGUAUAUAUUUGUUUUGUAUAGAGCUCAAGAGCCCAAUCUGGGUCUUUUCUUGAGUGAUAAUUACGUGUUUCUAGAGGCGAUGUUAUACACAGCCACUGCGGCAAAGGGCAUUGCAGUUGUCUAUAAAAUUGUGGAGCAGUGCAAUGCGGAUUAUUUUGUCAUUGAUUGGGAGCGAAGUAAAGGGCAAUUACUACGUGAAAAUCGCAUUUUACCUGUCAGCAUGUGGCGCUCGACAUUUGUUGCAAAUGAAUUGAAUGAACUUCAAGUUCUUCGUCAGUGGCGGCCGCUUCUUAGCAUGACGGUUGUUUUGUUUUUUCUCGUUGGUCUGAACUAUCUGAAAUACACCGAGAGUGUGCCUGUGACGUCAGGGGCAGACGAGGCGGGAACCUACUCCCUCACAGUAAUGCGAAUAGCGAUGGGGACGUUCUUUUGGUUUUCUGUUUCUCUUGUGUUAAACAUCCUUGAGUUUCAGAUUUACUACCGCUUUUUUUGUGUACAUCCAUUGCAGGCAUUUGUGGACCUUUGCUCCGUGUCGAAUAUCUCCAUCAUGAUUCUUCCCGAGACCCAGUGGGGUUAUUACAUUCACGGCGAGUCGAUUCAUGCACACUCCGAUGUCAGCAUGGAGGAGUUUCAGCAAAAUUUGUACCUGGAGUCUCAAGGCAACCUGCCGGUGCGUGGUCUUGGUGGACAAAGCAAGUGCCAAACAUUUGAGGUCUUUAUGGGUAUAUACAUGCGUCAAUAUCUCUACAUGUGCUACGCAGAGAUUGAAGCAGAGUACCAGCGAUCCUCAGGGAAGGCAUUGGCACCCAUUCGACCGGGCCGUCAAUGGCAUUUAUUAGAGUGUGUUCUUGGUUUUUCCCGUAAGUCACGUGUGUAUAACACAGAGAUAUUAGCGAUAAAAACGCGUAUCAAUAGUGUUCUAAAGCAGAGUGUUCGAAGUGCUGAGGGAACACUGCUUAUGAAGUUUAUUUUUCAUCGUUGGUUUGAUCUGGCACCAAAUAUUUUGUACAUGAAUGGGCCUCAGUCCGGUGAUAAGUCCGGUAAAGAUCUUUUUUUUGUGGAUGAUGUACUUGCCUACGGGAAUGCAUUUCUGUACGGCCUAGAUGUUGAUUUGUUUGUACUUUACACCAUGUUGUAUGCCUCUGUGGAUGCCUCUAUGCAUAAUGUGUGGGUGGCGCUUGUCAUCACAUUUGCGUUGGAGUUAUUCAUACGGUGGUACCGCAUGAGCGAAGGCGUGGCGAACAUCAGUUCAAAGACUCUCAUAGACGAUCGGUUCUUCAUAUAA